GUUGUUUUUUUUUUUUUAAAUUCUAUUUCGGUUGUGCAAUAUCAAAAUUAUAAUUUUUUGCUGUCUCCUUUGUUCUCAAUAAAGUAUGUAAAUAAAUGAUCAAACAUUUAUAAUUCAGCUGUACGUGCUGGUCUGUAAAAUUAUCACUCUUGCUGUACAUGCAUUCGGUUUAUUGGGUGCAUUUAUACCAAAAGUACGAAUACGGUUUGCGAUUGUGUGCACUUUGGACUUUCUCUUUUGUAGUGAAAAAUUGUUUAGAUCGAGUUCUUCGCUGAAAAUAAAGUCAAGAUUCACAUGAAAAUGAUUAAUACUGGAAAAUUGGCAGGACGAACACUAUUUAUAACAGGAGCCUCUCGGGGAAUAGGUAAAGCGAUUGCUUUAAAAGCUGCCCGCGAUGGAGCAAAUAUUGUAGUGGCAGCUAAAACUGCUGAACCUCACCCAAAGUUGCCCGGUACCAUAUAUACAGCGGCGGAAGAAAUUGAAAAGGCUGGGGGUAAGGCUCACCCGUGCGUAGUAGACGUACGUGAUGAAACACAGGUUAGAAAUGCAGUUCAGCAGGCGGUGGAAAAGUUUGGUGGCAUAGAUAUUUUGAUUAACAAUGCAAGCGCUAUCUCGCUAACUGGCACUUUGGACACUGAUAUGAAAAGAUAUGAUCUAAUGCAUCAGAUUAACACGCGAGGCACAUUUUUGGUCUCAAAAGUCUGUAUACCGUAUCUAUUGAAAUCCGAUCACGCCCAUAUUUUGAACAUAUCGCCACCAUUAAAUAUGAAUCCUAAAUGGUUCGCUCCCCAUGUCGCUUACACAAUGGCCAAGUACGGCAUGUCUAUGUGCGUUCUAGGCAUGAGCCAUGAGUUCCGAAAACAAAAUGUAGCGGUGAACGCUUUGUGGCCCCGUACAGCUAUACAUACUGCAGCUAUAGAAAUGUUAACAGGGCCAGGUAGCGCUGAAAUUUCACGUAAACCAGAAAUUAUGGCUGAUGCCGCUUACGCAAUUUUAAUCAAAGAACCCUCUGCAGCAACAGGUGUCUUUUACAUAGAUGAUGAAGUGCUAGCUGAAGCUGGUGUUACGGAUUUGAUACAGUAUGCUUGUGUUCCUGAAAAUGCCGACAAUUUAAUGGAGGACUUCUUUUUGGACAGCCCACUUGGGAAAAGUCUCACACAUAAGAAGGCGGAUGCCAACGCGUUAAACUCGGUUGUAAUACCGAAGAUUUUCAGUAAAUUACAAAAUGUGAUUUCUUCGGAAAUUGUUGCCAGCACGCAGGCUGUUUACCAGUUCAAUAUAACGGGAGAUGAGAAAGGCACUUGGUUUUUAGAUUUGAAAAACGGCAAUGGCUCCUGUGGUAAUGGAGCUCCCUCGGCGAAACCAGAUGCGGUGCUUACAAUGAAAUCACAAAAUUUUGUGGAUUUGUUUGCAGGGAAAUUGAAAGCAGCCCCGGCUUAUAUGGCAGGAAAAUUAAAAAUUAGUGGCGAUUUGCAAAAAGCUAUAAAAUUAGAAAAACUUAUGAAGGCAUUUAAAGCAAAAUUGUAACGUUCUUUUUUGUUAUGGUAUAUAUUCAUGUUUUUUAAAUGUGCUAAUAAAACCGAAAUAUUCAGUAGAUAGGAAA